CCACACGGUUAUGACUGAAUUGGCUGCUGAAGGGUGGGCCUUUGUGGUAAGACUUACCUAUUCAAUCCUUCCGGGGACUCUCGCUUUUUUUUCUCCUGCCGCGCUCCUCCUGAAUGCAUGGCAAUUCUCCGUCUAUUCGUACAGCGCGGACCGCGGUAGGUCUAGGCGCCUCCAAUCCCCCAUCCCCAAAUACUCCAACAAAACGUGGGGGGGGAAAUCCCCCUAGCCUUGGAUAAGAUCUGGAGGCUAUGUAUAGACAAUAGGUAGGUAGGCUCAGAGUAGGACCCUUUGCAGGAAGGUUCCACGGAAACCCAAUGCCGAGGGCUCGGAGCAGUUCAGUUCGUUGACCUCCCUUUCUCCGAGCCGCUCAAAUAUGCUACCGCAGUUUCACUUCGAUACACGCGCACCAAC